CGUUCGUAUGCGCUGCCUGACCUCAGGGGGCACGCCGAGAUGGAGACCUUCAGCUCCCGUAACCUGGCCAUACAGGCCGAGAAGAAAAUCCUCAGCCGAAUGGCCAGCAAAUCCAUGGCCAACAUGUUCAUCGACGACACGAGCAGCGAGAUCCUGGACGAGAUGUACCGGAUCUCCAAGGAGUACACCCAAAACCGAGCCGAAUCUCAGAAGGUUAUCAAGAACCUCAUCAAAAUGACCGUCAAGAUCUCCGUCCUCUACCGCAACAACUGCUUCAGCGACGAGGAGUUGUGCCUGGCGGAAGAAUUUAAACAAAAACUCCACCAAGGGGCCAUGACGGCCAUCAGCUUCCACGAGGUGGACUUCACCUUCGAGAAGGGCGUCUUGGCCCAGCUGCUCCAAGAAUGUCGAGACUUGCUGCUGAGGCUGGUGGAGAAGCACCUGACGCCCAAAUCCCUCGGGCGCAUCCGCCACGUCUUUGACCAUUUUGCCGAUACGGAACUCCUGACCCAGCUGUACAGCCCCGGGGAACCGUACCAGCCUCGCUUGAAAAAGAUCUGUGAGGGGUUGAACAAGCUCAUCGAUGAAGGGAAAUUGUGAAGGCAGCUGGGACAGGAGACAGGAAAGGACGACUCAGGAAAUCACAUCACAAAAAUCUUUGCCACUAGAGAAAUUAGGCAGGGAGGCCCGACCUGAUAAAGGAGGGGAGCCACUGUACCCGUACAGAUGUUACACUGCGACCCAGGUUUCGAACUUGGCUACGUGGAAGAUUUACAAAGUUCACGCCCCGGGGAAAGGCCAACCGGACUUGCGAUGCUAUCAAGGCUCUUCUCAGUGGGCCGUUACCCCUUUUUCGCCCACCACCACACAGAUCACCCCAGCCAGUAUGAAUAUCGUUCCAGAGGGCUGCCGUGGUGGUCUGCAGAGGAACAGCUCAGUUUCAGUCCAGUAGCUGACCAAGGAGUUUUUUUAAGAGGAUGAGCUUUGAAGAGCCCAACCUCCCUCCGUCAGAUAUCUGAUGAGUCAAAACUCCCUUUUGAUGAAGGGAACUUUGAUACUUGAAAGUUCGACCUCUGAAAAAUCUUGACGGGUGGCCGUGUUAAUCUGUCUGUGGCAGCAGAAAACAGCAAAUCCAGGAGCACCUUAAAGACUAAAAAGGAAACAAAGGGGGGGGAGGGGAAUUUAACCCAAAAAUAUUGAAAUCAAGAACCAAAAAGGUUAGUACAAACCAAACCGAAGGCCAUUUGUUAAAAACAGUAUAUAUCAGGGGUGGCCAAGGGUAGCUCUCCAGAUGUUUUUUUGCCUACAACUCCCAUCAGCCCCAGCCAGCAUGGCCGAUGGCUGGGGCUGAUGGGAGUUGUGGGCAAAAAACAUCUGGAGAGCUACCCUUGGCCUCCCCUGGUAUAUAUAACUUCGAUGUCAUCCAAAAUACAUUAUUUUUAAA